AACCACACAGGUAUAUAUAUUCUGCCAAGCCUCCCUGGUGAGUCUUUGCACCCACAGCCAUCCUGCACAAGACAACACAUACUUAACACACACACUCAACACACACACUCGUCUCAGGUCGUCUGGACUGCACCUGCCUUUCGUCAGACGCUAAAACACACCUGACAAGGUGAACAGCCCACCGACCUUCAGCUGUGGAGUCAACCGUCUGACUGACUGCUGUUUUCCAUCACUCUAGGCCACCGUGCUCUAACUGGAGACCUCGGGCCGUGCACAUCUCCGCCGGCAGCCUGAAUCAGAAGGAGAGAGAGCAAGCUAUGUUCCCUCUACGAGUUUUCCUUUUUGGUGGCCUAGUUAGUCUCUGCGUCUGCCAGUACUAUGACUAUGAUUUCGGACUUCCCCCGGAGCCCGUGCAGUCCACGCCCAGCUGUGUUCAGGAGUGCGAAUGCCCGUUCAACUUCCCCACCGCCAUGUACUGUAACGGCCGCAACUUGAAGUUCAUCCCCAUCGUCCCCACUGGAAUCAAAUACCUCUACCUGCAGGACAACUUGAUCGAAGAGAUCAAACCGGGUGUUUUUGACAACGUCACUGACUUGCGUUGGCUCGUCCUCGACAACAACAACAUCACCAGCGACAAGAUCCAAUCAGGGACCAUUGACAAACUUGGCAAGCUGGAGAAACUCAUGUUCAGCUACAACAAGCUGACCAAACCGCCCGGCCCUCUCUCCAAGUCUCUAGAUGAGUUGAAGUUAAUCGGCAACCAGCUCACAUCGUUCCCAUCAGGCACCCUGUCUGGCAUGGAGAACCUCACCAGCGUCUACCUGUCAAAGAACCAGCUCACCUCUGAGAGUCUUGCCGGGGCUUUUAAAGGGUUAAAGUCACUGAUGCUGCUGGACGUGAGCGAAAACAAGCUGAAGAAGCUCCCAGCCGGCGUUCCUCCCUCCCUGCUCAUGCUCUACGCUGACAACAACGAAAUUGAGAGCAUCUCCGGUGGCUACGUGGCCAAACUGCCCGAACUGCAGUAUCUCCGCGUCUCCCACAACAAACUGGUGGACUCAGGGAUUCCAGCAGGUGUCUUCAACGUGUCCUCCCUCCUAGAGCUGGACCUGUCCUUCAACAAGCUUCAGACCAUCCCGGAAGUCAACGAAGCUCUCGAACACCUGUACCUGCAAGUCAAUCAGAUUAGCAAGUUUGACCUGGGAAGCAUCUGCAAGUUCUCCUCACCCGUAAACUACUCCAAACUGAAGACGCUGCGACUGGACGGCAACAACCUCACCCACAGUAGCAUGCCGGACGACGCGUCCAACUGUCUCCGCCAGGCCUCCGAGAUCAUCUUUGAUUAGGGUCGCCCUACCUGUACCUGUGCACCUCAACUCACCUUGUCAGCUCCGUCCUUUAUAUGAUCUAAUCACACAUCAGAUUUGCCGGGUAAAACGCCGUCUGUGGUUACAGAUAAUAAUUAAUACACACCCCCUUACAGAUAUCUCACGUCGUGCCCUUGAAUUAAAACCAACAUUUGAUAUACAGCCCUGGAAAAAAAUAAAUAAGAGACCACUUUAUUUUCUGAAUCAGUUUUUCUGAUUUUGUUUUAUUCUAUAAACUACAGACAACAUUUCUCCCAAAUUACAAAUAAAAAUAUUUUUGUGAUUUAGAGCAUUUAUUUGCAGAAAAAGAUAAAUGGCUGAAAAAAACAAAAAAGAUGCAGAGCUUUCAGACCUCAAAUAAGUACAAUUUAAGAGUUCAGAACCUCUGCAUCUUGGCAUGUUGUCCUCCACCAGUCUUACACACUGCUUUUGGAUAGCUCCUGGUGCAAAAAUUCAAGCAUUUCAGUUUGGUAGUUUGAUGGCUUGUGAUCAUCCAUCUUCCUCUUGAUUAUAUUCCAGAGGUUUUCAAUUUGGUAAAAUCAAGGAAAAACCUCAGCAUUAAGUGGUUUCUUAAUUUUUGUUUUUCCAGAGCUGUACGUUUUUUUGUUGGUGCCACAGUGGGAAAAAAGAAGUGCCAGCUUAAGUACACUAAUAUUACUACUUUACUACAUUCAGAAUCUUGAAAUCUAAACCCUUGGCACAUAAAAUACGACAGUGCCUUGUACAAGACACGCAUGUAUUGUUAAUGUUAGAUAUUGAUAGUGUGUUAUAGAAUAGAAAAUACAUUUGUAUGCAUCUCCUUUUUUGAAGCAACACACACACUUCAAACAUUCCUAACAUUUUUGUUUUAUGUAUGUGGAUACAAUUACAAGUAAUACAUAGCCUCACGUGCCCUGAGAGAUGUUGUAUAGAAUUUCUGAAUACUUGUAUCUUUAAGAUUUUAUCAAACAGGGCAUCAAUGUUCUGCAGUUACUGUACACAUUACAUUAAUAAGCCUGCAGGUAAGGAAUUAAAAAUGCUUUUUAAAAAUCUUUUUUUUUUUUAUGAGCUAUAUCUUUAUAUUAUCUCAAUUCUGUUUAAAACUUAUACCAGUUAAAGCAAAAGAGGCAUCGGCUGUUAUUCACAUAUCUGUUUCACAUAUAUAUAAAACACAGGAAAGCAUUGCAGAGUGCAGCAUUGCUGAAUCAUGUCUUGCCUUAAAUAUCUUACUUUCUCUUCAGAAGACAUCGGUUGGUUGAUUAAUUGGUUGGUUGGUUGAUUGGUGGGUUGGUUGGUCAUUGAAACUGCUAAGGUGUAACUUACAAGUGUUUUACUGUGAAGAAUUGCUAUGCAGUCUGAAUAAACUACAGGUUUAAUCAACAGCAGCUUACUGCUCUAGAAACUGACCAUGUUUAUGCAUUAUCCUAAUUUUACUUGCAUGCAAUUCAUCAUACAUUCUUUAACAAUAAAAUUCUUCAUGUUUUUUUGCAUUGUCAAAAAGUCACUCAAUUUGAAACAGUGUUGUUUCAGAGACAUUGGGGAUGUGUCAUGUUGAACGACGAGCAUACCUUGAUAUGUAUUUGUUGAGAAACAGUGAAUUGUGAAUUUAACGGUGAAUAAAUAAAGUUUCAGAUGUUGUGGCCCAAGAAA